AUGUCCGACCCACUCGUUCUGUACGCAGAUGGUACACUCACCACCGAAAUGAACGAGCUCUUGCUGACGUAAACUGGGAUGACGCGAGAGAUCAGUUAUCCUCUCAGUAGUGAGUCCCGCCGGUGCGACGCUCCAGAGUGUUUCGUGGACUUGAACCGGGUCCCGUAGAAGAAAGUGGCUUCGUAGAACUCUGGCGGCGCUCCGUGACGGUGGAUGGACUGAGCGUUACGUCGGUGUUGCUUGCUGGGUAUACCCUCUAGAUUAUGUGUUCAACACCAAGGACCCGCAGUACGAAGAAGACCCGUCCGUCUCGGCGCGGCUGCAACGACUGUGAGCUCGGCUUGCAAAUUCGGACGUCAUCUCCCCGCCGGUAACGGCGAACGUUGAGCUGACUUUGAAGCUACACUUGGGGGUUGCGUUUGGGGCGUGGAAGUCAGAAUGAUUUUGAGCAGUAUGGUAUUCGACAAACGGUCAGUGGGAGCUGCCUUCACGUGUCAUGCGCGAAUUCAUCCGGGGAGUAGAAUUUAGACUGACUUGGUGCGAAAGGUGGGCUUUGUUACAGGUCGAAGGCGUGUUGCUCGUUCACGAACACGGUGAGUCAGCACCCCGAUUUUCAUCUCUUACUAUCUCAUGCACGCGACUACUAGAGUCGACUGAAUCUUGGCGUGACGUGCACAGGCCACCCACACGUCUUGCUCCUCCAAGUCGCCAACGCCUACUUCAAGCUGUCAGUCGCGUUUUCUUAGCUUCGGUCCACGUCAAAGAGCACAGCUCAAAUCACGUUUUGUUCUUCAUUCUUCAGCCCUGGUGAUUACCUCAAGCCCAACGAACCCAACAAGGAUGGUCUCGGCCUCAGGCUCGACAUGCGCCUCGGUCCCAAAGCUCGAGACGAUGCGCAGUCUGAUCCUUCGAUGGAGAAGAAGCAAGUGACGGGCUGGGAGGUCCACGAUCUCCUAGCUCAGUGGUGGAGACCGAACUAUGAACAGUUCAUGGUGAGCGAUUGGACCUGGGCGAGUUAAGACGAAUUUGGCGCCUUUCAGAUAGCUGACUCCUGUUCUGAUGGUCUUUCGACUUCUGGAUCGCAGUACCCUUACGUUCCUGCGCAAGUCGUCUCACCUCAACACCAGGAUACAUCUGUCGUGUCCUGACCCUCUUUAUCCUUCCAGUCACAUCGCGCAACCCAAAGAGGUCAAGAGCAUGUACCUCGUCCAGCUGCCUGAGCACAGUCAGUCUUCACAGCUUUGAGCCUUUAGCUGCUCAAGUACUGAAUCACAAUGACUCUGCGUGUCCCGUCCAAGCACAGAAGUAUUUACAGUCCCCAGCAACAUGAAGCUCAUCGCGAUUCCUUUGCUGGAAUUGUACGACAAUGCUGUCAGGUCGGUCCCUGCCUCGAUCGGGAGUCCGUUUCUACUUGACACUGACCUGCAGUGAAUCUAUCAAUGCGCUCUCAGAUACGGUCCCUUGUUGGCUGCGGUACCUCAUCUACUGUCCAAGUAUCGUUUCGAGAUCGGUUGA